AUGGCCGCCACCCAAAAUGGACUCAUCGUUCACUUUUUUAAUUUUUUAGCAAAAAUUUGAUAUUUUUCGGUAAAUUUGCAUCAGUGGGGCUAUCACAGUGCGCGUACGGUGUCCCUGUGCGUGAAAUUGCGGUGAUUUAGUUCGGACGCAGCCCCCAGGAUUUCGCCCCUUUCGAAGACACGAGCUAAGGUUAAAUGCUCGAGAUAGAGUGAUAAGACAACGAAAAUGCCAGUUUUGUCGCCGAGACAGAGUAGUGCUUCGGCAUUGACGGGGUCGUACAGGUCCACGUUCAGUUCGUCGACGAUUGAUAGGCCCUAUUUUGGGGGGGGCACGAGUUACAGCCCCCGGAUCACCACUUUCAGCGAGAGGUACACCACCAGGACCUACUCGGAUGCGGAUGGAAGGAGGAUUUUCUCCAGGUCCGGGAGUAUAACCGAAGACGGCAUAACCAGCCGUUUCCGGGAAGAAGCCCGCGAGUCGAGCAUCGCCCGUCGCGAAUCCCUCUCUCGCGACUCCGGUAUAAGUUCAAUUCGCGAAAAUUCGAUCGUUGAUUUUGGUCGUCGUGACAGUUCCCUGUCUCGGGACAGCCCCCGUUUAUCCUCCAUCAACGUUCUAGAUUCGGUCGCCGAACUUCGUAACAAAUACUCACCAGCAAACUACGUUCCUGCUUGUCUUCGUGAACGUAACGAGAAUAUCUCACGUUCAAAAUCCAUAAACGACAUCGGUUUGCCACCCAUCGAAACGAAACUGGCCAAAAAGAAGGUAAAUAACGACAGUUUGAAUUACAAUAACAGCGUGUUGUCGAUUUCUAACCCAACUACUAACGAUAACAACAUGACGACGAAAGUUGAAGAGGACGAUGAUAAUGGAAAUAGGGCUUCGGUGGCCGAUUUGAAGAAACGAUUUGAUGAGAAGAGUCAAAAAGUUGUAAAAAGUCCGCUGGUUAAAGAUUUGGAAGAGAGUAGUUUUAAAAUGUCGGAGAAUCGAUUUAAAAAAUUCGAUUCGAAAGUGAAAAAUUCUAAGAAAAUUGAGGGAAAAUCUAGCGUGCGACAAUCGGAAGUGACAUGUCAAACGUCAAAUUCUGAUUGUGUUAUAUCGAAAUUGGAUGUGAACGAGACUGCGACGGUCAAAAAUGGGAUUCGAACGCAAGAGGAUGACGUUGAUUGCGGCGAAGUAAGAAAAACGACAAGAGUUAAUAAUUUUGCGUCGUUUAUACCGGCGAAAGAUUAUCAAAAGAACGGAGACGAUUGCUUAAACGGAGACACGGAUCAAGGAGACGAGAGCACGACGGACUUGUUAGGGAAGAGGUUUACUGAUAUUUCCACCUCGCCGAAGCUCAGCGCCACCUCGACCCGUUCUACCAUCUCCCCCUCCACUUCCACCCUAAAUUCCUCGAGUUCGACGAGUCCAUCUCGACGUUCCUACAACGAUGAUACCACCACCACGAGUCCUAUAAAAACGCAAGGCCUCAACGGACUCAAAAACAUCGGUAAUACAUGUUUCAUGAAUUCCGUCAUCCAGUGCCUCUCGAAUACGAAAACCCUAUUGGAGUACCUCCUUCAAGACCAUUACGUCAACGAUAUCAACACCACAACGUCAGCAAUGAAAGGUGCUCUAAUCAAGGCAUUCGCCGAAGUGAUUAAAAAACUAUGGUCACAAGAGGCCUCCGAUCGCGUUGUAAACACAUCCAGUCUCAAAAGUCAAAUUCAACGAUUCGCUCCCAGAUUCAUUGGAUAUGCCCAACAGGACGCUCAGGAGUUUUUGAGGUAUUUGUUGGAGGGGUUGCACGAGGACGUUAAUCGAGUUAAGGAAAAACCGAAACCGAUAUUGACCGAAAUUGAUGAGAAAUUGACGGAUAGUGAAAAGUCGUCAGAGUCGUGGAAUCGUUAUUUGAGAAUGGAUAAUUCGAAAAUUGUCGAUUAUUUCGUUGGGCAAUUAAAAUCAACAUUGAAAUGCACACAUUGUGGGCAUUGUUCGGUGACUUUUGACCCGUUUUGGGACUUGUCGUUACCGAUACCGCAGAGGGCGGGGCAAGUGAGGUUGGCACAAUGUUUGGAUUCUUUCACAAGGGAGGAAACGUUAGAUGGGGACGAAAAACCUACAUGUUCCAAAUGCAAGGAGAGGAGGAAAUGUACCAAGUCGUUUUCGAUUCAGAAAUUUCCCAAGAUUUUAGUGAUACAUUUGAAGAGGUUUUCUUUAGCUGAGAGAUUUCGCGGCAAGUUGAGUGUGACGGUUGAUUUUCCGUUAGAAGGUUUAGAUAUGAGUAAUUACGCGGCCGAUAAUAUCACUCCCUGUCGUUACAACUUGUAUGCCAUUUCGAAUCAUAGUGGUACGACGUAUAGUGGCCAUUAUACGGCUUAUUGUAGACAUCCGUACACUAAAGCCUGGCAUGAGUAUAACGAUUCAAGGGUGUCGUCGAUUUCAUCAAAGGCGAUCGUAAGCGGCGAAGCUUACGUUCUUUUUUACGAACAAGAGGGACAAAAGUCGCAUCUAUGAAAUAGUUUUUAUUUAACCCCAAUUUUAAUUUAUUUCCCAGUGCUCCCUAUAUAUUAUAUAUUUACUUUUUCACUUUCUUGAGAACAGAAUCUUAUAAAUUUUUUAUUAAUUUUAUUGUAUGUAGUAAACGUGUGGUUUAUUUAUUUAUUUAAUGAAAGUGUGGGAAAAGUUUUCCAGUGGUUAUAAUCUAGUCUGACUUUUCCAUUUCUUUUUGUUUUGUUUAAAUUGUUAGUAUAGAUCGUACUUAUUUAUUAAAAGUUGUUGAUAUUACGUACCGAGAGGGGUAUUUGAAAUAUUUUUAUGUCAUUAGAUCACCGAUUUGUUCUACCUCUGAUGCAAAAGCUUUUUUUAGAGUAGAAUUUAUAAAUCGUUACCAAAUAGAGAAAAUCAGGCACUUGUAUAAAAGUGAAAGUACUCGGAAAAGCUUUAUAAAUUGUUCAAAGCACUAACUUAAUAAACUGUUUGCAAAA